GGAAGCUUGAUAAAAUGCCAGGUCUCUGCAGCCUCUCGAGAGAGCCCCACUUCUCUAUUAUGUGAUCGAUCAAGCUUCAUCCUCAUUAAUACAAUACGCUGGCUUCAGGAGUGAAAGGGGCGACUGCCGUCUGCUUGACAAUCCUCCUUCGGUGGUCUUUCUGUGGGAAAGGGGAUUAUAAGAGAGCCCUGUUAGACGUACUCUCACUGGAGCUUCCUUAUCCCACAUUUGCAUUUGAUCAUUAAGGUGAACCCUUGGGAAUAUCAGACCUCCAUGUACGACAAUUUGUACCUGCAUGGAUUUGAAGACUCUGAGGCGGGUUCCGCCGAUUCUUAUACUAGCAGACCGUCCGACUCAGAUGUCUCUCUGGAUGAGGAGCAGAGCGGCCGGCAGGAGAAAGAACAGCAAGCCACCGUUCAGCUGGAGAGGGCAAAGGCCAAAGCAGUGGCCUUUGCCGUGAAGACAAAUGUCAGCUACUGUGGUGCCCUGGAUGAGGAUGUUCCUGUCUCCGGCACUGCCAUUUCCUUUGAUGUUAAAGACUUCCUUCAUAUCAAGGAGAAGUACAACAAUGACUGGUGGAUUGGGCGACUGGUGAAGGAAGGUUGUGAUAUCGGUUUCAUCCCCAGUCCCUUAAAACUAGAGAACAUUCGCUUACAGCAGGAGCAAAAAAGGGGCCGCUUCCAUGGGAAGUCCAGUGGGAACUCCUCUUCCAGCCUGGGUGAGGUGGUUUCAGGCACCUUCAAGCCCAACCCUGCUUCUGCAGGUAAACAGAAACAGAAAGUGAACGAGCACAUUCCUCCAUACGAUGUGGUCCCCUCCAUGAGGCCGGUGGUCUUAGUUGGACCAUCACUUAAGGGGUAUGAGGUGACAGAUAUGAUGCAGAAAGCACUUUUUGACUUCCUGAAACACAGGUUUGAAGGCAGGAUAUCAAUCACAAGAGUAACCGCAGACAUCUCUUUGGCAAAAAGAACUGUACUGAAUAACCCUAGUAAGAGAGCUAUCAUUGAGAGAUCCAACACCAGAUCCAACCUGGCGGAGGUUCAGAGUGAGAUCGAGCGAAUCUUUGAAUUGGCCAGAUCCCUUCAGCUGGUUGUGCUGGAUGCCGACACGAUCAACCAUCCAGCCCAGCUCAUCAAGACUUCUUUAGCUCCCAUUAUUGUCCAUGUCAAAGUGUCUUCUCCCAAGGUAUUGCAUCGGCUGAUCAAAUCACGAGGGAAGUCUCAAAGCAAGCAUUUAAAUGUACAACUGGUGGCAGCAGACAAAUUAGCUCAAUGUCCUCCAGAAAUGUUUGACAUAAUUUUGGAUGAGAACCAGCUCGAGGAUGCAUGUGAACAUCUGACUGAGUAUCUGGAGGCCUAUUGGCGGGCAACUCACACAUCCCUCAGCACUCCUCUGAACCCUCUGCUGGGCCGCAACCUGGGAUCCACUGUGCUCUCACCGUACCCCACAGCCGUCUCUGGACUACAGAGCCAAAGAAAUAAAAACAGCAAUCAUAUCAGUGACAACUCUCCAAUGGAGCGGCACAGCUUGAUGACCUCCGACGAGAACUACCACAACAACGAGCAGCAAAAGAAGAGUCAUAACCGCCUGUCCUCCAGCUCCCAGCUAAGUCGAGACCACUACCCUCUGGUAGAGGAGGACUACCAGGAUCCCUAUCAAGAUGCAUACAAACCUCACCGCAACCAGGGUUCCCCCGGGGGCUACAGUAACGAAUCACGGCACAGACUUUAAACGUCCAAACCACUAGAGCCAGAGCUAUGAGAUAAACCUCAUGUAAUUGUGUAAACCCUUUCUGAAAAUGGAGUGAAUUGCGUCCACUCUGAAACAAGUGGGAAACAUACUAAAAGCAGAAUCUGAGCACCUGUUCCGUCUUUGUAAGGCAGUUGUUUGCAGCCCUUGUGCAUCUCUUAUAAGGCAGUUGGAGGUGCUGAUUUUUUCUGCAGUGGUUAAGUAAAGAUGUGUUCCUGGAGAAAUGAAAGCUAUAGUACCAUCUGGUCCAUCAAAUUUCGCCUAGUAGAGGCCUAACCAAAGCCCUGCACAGUCUAUAUUUGCAGGACUUUUCUUUGUGUCAUGUUAAUUUUCACCCUGAUUUAGUGCCGGCAUGCAGAAAUGCUCAACAGUGCCGAGAGCCAAUCAGCACAGAGCCUUUUUUUAGCAAGAUUUCAGUAGCCAAUGGAAUGCAUUUGCUGUUUUGUUUCUUCCUGUCUUAGUAUUUAUGUUAGAUGGUCUCUUUUUUGCCCAAACAGCCUCAGGUAUGAAGCAGGAAUUCUUCAUAGGUGCCAAACUCCAAGAGGUUUCUUUUCCCGCUGUCUAUUUUCAUAAUGAUAUCUGCAAAUAGUCAACACACCUUUCUGAGCAGAACACAAAUGAUAUCACCAAAUUAUCCCUUUUUACAUAGACCAUAAUGCCUGUAGUUCACUCAGCGCUUUGCCCGGGCCUACGAGUGGGAUGUUGUUGCAAAUAUUAUGCCGGAAUACCAAUAUCAGGUAGAUUUUAGCAUUUGAAAUUACUUUAUCACUUGGUUGUAAUAGUAAAAGAACGUACCUCAUGAAACCUUACAAGAUUACCAGAUUAUGUUUCACACAAAAAUCAGAAGAAAAAAAUAUCUUAAUUUGCAAAUAAAUAUAAGUAUAAACAAUACAAUGAAGUGUGUUUUAGGACCAUUAAGCUCCUCUUUUUUAAUUUCUGCAAUAAAAAAACGUAAGAUUUUUUUGUUUAUAUUGUAAAGAAUUAUGCAUCAUAAUAGUAUUUGUUGUGGUGCCUUUCAUUUCAAAAUAAUGGUUAAAAUACUAUACAUAUUAUUUUUAUGCUAUGUAAGGGGUUUUAUUUAUUUAUUUAUUUUUGGUGAAAUGUGACCUGAGCAUGUUUUGGGAGAUUCUCAGGGGUUUUGUUCAGUUCAUAUCACACUCUUGUUUUCUGAGCGAAACAGCAGAGUAGCCUGUGUCAUUAAAAUAUGUGGCAACUGAGUGGAAACCCAUUCUGUCACUGAGGGAGUGUUUACUCAACACCAUUUUCAACUAAAAAUGGAAAAUGUUUUGGUAACACUUUAUUUUAAGGUGGCCUUGUUACAUGUACUUACUAUUAUAAUAACAAUUAAUAAUGCAUACGUGCAUGCAAGUAACCCUAAACCAAACCCUAAUCCUAACCAUAACAAUAUAGUAAGUACAUGUUGUUAAUUAAUAUUACUGAGUACUUAAAUGUAUAAUUACACUGUAACAAAGACACCUUAAAGUGCCAACAAUGUUUUAAGCAUUUUGGCCAUUCAUUUACAUGACAAUGGCCUUUUGGGGGCCUGAAAAUGCAAACUUUUGAAAUCAAAGUACAAGUUUUUGAAAACGAUACCAUUUUCCCCUCUGUUUAAAAAAAAAUUGUAACAGUGUUGCGCAAGCAUAUUAUGUGUUUGUGUAGAGUUUCUUUACAAAGUGACUUUGCCAACUACUGGCCUGGCAUGAAUAAUACAGCGUUUCUAGUUUUAGCGGAUCAAUGUGAAUGGGGAUCAUUUUGAUAAUGUUGUCAUCUGUACGCCAAACAUUUCAAAAACGAGAAGAAAAAUGUUUGUGUUUUUAGUACAUUGUUGUCAUGUAAAGGUACCCAGUAUCAGGUCUCCACAAAGUUUCUCUGUUCUAUGAAGCUUUAUGAAACAAUUAUCGAUUAUCGAUUAUUAUGACUGCUACUAGUCUUGAACUAUUGUUAUUUGUUACUGGUUGCCAUAGCAGGUAAACUAAGUAUUGGAAUUUAAAUUAAACUUUAGACUAAGAUACAACAUAAAACUAUAAAAGGAAAUGCUUUUUUUAUUGUUUGUUUUGCUUGAAAGCUUUAUCUGUAAAAAAAAAAAUAUUUAUUUGUUUUCAUCAGGCCUGUUUGCAAAAGCAGUUCACACACACUGAUGUUGUCAGGUGUCAUUCCUGCCUUUCCAUGUGCAAAACAUGCUGAUGGCUUUUGUGAUUUUGACAAAAAACAUCAUUGUCAUUUAUUCAGUGAAAAAUGCUAAGUAUGUUUCAUAAGCAGCCCCUAGACAAUGCCUGUAAUUGAUGUUAGCAGUUAUUUAAAUGAUGUCUGGAUCUUGACAUUUGCAUUUUUCUCAACUCAAUUCUUGGUACUGCAAAUCACACCAAUUCUGCAAUCUGAUUUGAUUACGUUAAUUGUGUUGUGUUGUACGGCGUUUCCUCUCCCAGAGAUCGCUGUGUGUUUGUAAUGCUCAGAGAGAGAACAAAAGCAGUCUCCAUUCAGUUUUAUACUUUCUGUGUUGCAAAAAGCAUUUGGUCCAUAUCCUUCAGUGGCUUCCUAUAGAUGAGGUUUAAUCAUAUCUGAGUGUAAAUACUAUACGUUUGGUGUGGAAAUGAUUCGAUUUAUUCAGUUUCCAGAACCAGUAGGAAAGAAACUCUGUUUGUAGGAUAUUUUCAGUAUAUAUCGUUCGUAGCAUUAGAAAGCAUUCAGUAAAGGGUUUUUACACCUUUCUUGCUGCAGUUGAAGGGCCAGUAGAAGUCGAUGUAGUUUGGGUAAAGUGUCCUUAUUCUCUGAUCACUGCCACUCUCAUUUCCUGCCCACUCCAUUAUCCAUGUGCAAUAUUUCAGAAACUAUAAAAGAGGUUUAAAGCAGGCUCAGUACACUCUCAGAAGCAUAUACAAAGUGAGGAUUCACACUAUAAAUGUAAAAGCUAAUUAAGAACCAGAAAAUAGUAUUGUUCUGUAAUAAUAUUCAUGAUUAUUAUUGACUAUUAAAAAUACAUUUAACAUCUAGACAUUAGUGAGUGUCCUUAUGAAACCUCCUUUUAUUUGUGGACAUCCUCAAUAUAACUAAUAGUUUACAUAUAUAUAUAAAUAUUAGAUGUACAUAAUUUUAUCUGUAAAGAAUCACAGGUUUUGGUGUGUGUCCCAUCUUUACUUCUCAAGGUCCUUUGGUCACUUUUGGGGUCAGUACUGUAGCCAACACUCAGGACCACCAUUGCUCUUAUUAAUAGUAUUAUUCAUUUCAAAUAUAUAUUUUUUUUUGUCUAUUUCAGUAAACACAUUACCUGCCAGUAACUUUAUGCCUUAACUUUUUAAUAAGGUACAUGUUUGACCCCCCCACCCCACCCCCCCCCCCCCCCCCCACACACACACACUUUUGCAAACAGGUUUCUUUCGAUGCCUCUUUUUGAGAGCUCUGUGGACUUAAUACAUUUAAAUGUGUGUUAAGCAAUUUCAUUCUAUAUUUAGAUUGUUUGUGGAAAAUUGUCAACAACUCAUCAGAAUCCAUUCAUUUUGUAAAACAAAAAAAAAAAAAAACAAUGGACUUCCUAUUUACUUCCACCACUGCCCUGAUAAAACAAUUUUCCCUUCCUUCCUGAGAAUAAUAGAUUUUUUUUUCCUUGCUUAAAGUCCGGUAACACUUUAUUUUAGUGGCCAGUUCUCACUAUUACCUAGUUGCUUAUUAACAUGUGUAUUAUUAACAUUUAAGUUGUUUGUUAGUACUUAUAAAGCACUUAUUCUGCAUGACCAUAUUCUACAUUCCUAAUCCUACCCCAAACCUAAACUUAACAACUACCUUACUCACUAUUAAUAAGCAGCAAAUUGGGAGUAUAUUGAGGUAAAAUCAUAGUUAAUGGUUUGUUAAUAGCGAGAAUUGCACCAUAAAAUAAAGUGUGACCGAAAGUUCUGUUUCAUGCAAUGGCAUGUUGGUAAAGAGAAUGAGAAUGAGAAGUUAAUCCCAAAUAAGUGAAAUCCAUUUUCUAUGCAAAUGUGUACAGUGCUGCAUGCUAAUGCUUUACCUGCAAAAAAAAUGGAGUUCAAAUUGUCUUGUGCAGGACGGUAUUUGAGAGAAAUGCAAAACUGCAUGCAUAAUGUUCCAUUUGCAUCGUCAGAUUAAAGAGACACUAUUUGGUUUUUGGGAAAUAUAUGUGUAAAAUGUUUUAUUUUGUACAAAUAAAUUUCAAUGUAAAAGAG